CGGCGGGCGCGGGCGCGGGCAUGGCCCGCCCCUUUCUCUCCGCCGCCUCCUCCGCCCCGCCCAGCGCCUCCACUGCCCCGGUCGCUGUCAGCUCUGUAGCGUCCAGUCGAGACGCGGUGUAUGCUGAGUCUCUGCCACCUCCGGCUGCUGCGCGUUCUGGGCCUUGGCUUCCCGCUACUGACCCGCCAGCCACUUCUCCUCUGCCCUCGCUGCUUCAUGAAGCCGCUGGUCGUGUUCGUCCUCGGCGGGCCUGGUGCCGGCAAGGGGACCCAGUGCAGCCGCAUCGUCGAGAAAUAUGGCUACACACACCUUUCUGCAGGAGAACUUCUUCGUGAUGAAAGGAAGAACCCAGAUUCACAGUAUGGUGAACUCAUUGAAAAGUACAUUAAAGAAGGAAAGAUUGUGCCAGUUGAGAUAACCAUCAGUUUAUUAAAGAGGGAGAUGGAUCAGACAAUGGCUGCCAAUGCUCAGAAGAAUAAAUUCUUGAUUGAUGGGUUUCCAAGAAAUGAAGACAACCUUCAAGGUUGGAAUAAGACCAUGGAUGGGAAGGCAGAUGUAGCUUUUGUUCUGUUUUUUGACUGUAAUAACGAGAUCUGUAUUCAACGAUGCCUUGAAAGGGGAAAGAGUAGUGGUAGGACUGAUGACAACAGAGAGAGCUUGGAAAAGAGAAUUCAGACCUAUCUUCAGUCAACAAAGCCAAUUAUUGACUUAUAUGAGGAAAUGGGGAAAGUCAAGAAAAUAGAUGCUUCUAAGUCUGUUGAUGAAGUUUUUGAUGAAGUUGUGAAGAUUUUUGACAAAGAAGGCUAACUCUAAACCUGAAAGCAUCCUUGAAAUCAUGCUUGAAUAUUGCUUUGAUAGCUGCUAUCAUGACCCCUUUUUAAGGCAGUUUUAAUCUUUUAAUAAUUUCAUCUCAAUGUCUGGAAAGUGUGUAGUAAGACAAAUUAUAUUUUUUAUCUUCAUUUUUUUUUUUUGUCACAGUGACAUUGACUUUAGGUUCAAUUUCAUCUUAGUUAUGGUGCUCACAAAACAAAGAAGGGUAUCAGCUAGUUCUUUCUUUUUAUUCAAAAAGAGUAUCCCUUUUAUAGUCUGUGCCUUCUGUGAGCAAAACUUUUAGUAUGUGUGUAUAUCCCUUUACUAGUUAAAACAUAUUAGGAUUAGGGAUCCCCCGUUUCUCUUUUUCAUGCAGGUUUUAAAUUUCCAACCUGUUAAGUGAAUUUAUGGACCAAAUUCAAAGGAACUUGUGUAGUUAGUUCUUGGAAAUGUGUUCGGUAAAGAAACUCAUAAAAUGGAUUCUCAGAAGUGUUUUAGUAUUUAUCAAAUAAUUGACCAUUUCCUAUAGAAAGGUAAGAAAAUGUGGGCUUUGUUUUAUUACAACUUGUACAGAGUUGUGUGACAGCGCAUAUUCUUUGCUUCCAGGGUUUGGGUUGGGAACACUGGGGUUCAGAGCCUGGCAGAAUGUCAGCUUUAUUCUGACUUAAAUUUGAGGGUAGGGGACAAGGAUCACACCUAGUGACAUAUGUUCCUUAUGCUCUAUUAUAUAGAGUUAUUAAUGAUUAAACUGGUCUUAACAAAAUUCCUAGCAGUGAAACCUUGAAAUGAAUGUGGUAGAUUUCUGGUAAAAUUAUUCAGUUAGCAUUGAGUAACAAUGUUGUUCUUUCCCCCCCUGGAUUAAAUAUAGGUUUAGUAUAAAGUAGACAAGAAGAUGCUAUUGAUUAAAUUUUUUAUUUGUGUUUUAUUUUCUUGAAUACUUUUUUUCAUAGUUACUUGUUUAAGAAGAUUUAAAAAUCAUUGCACUUUGGUCAGAAAAAUAAUAAAUAUAUCUUAUAAA